AUCGUACUUUCUCCUUCUCUCCUCUCCAUCAACUCUUCGCCUUCCAACAUCGACAUCGACGCUCCACCCACACUCGUUUACCAACAACAACCUUUCGACUCUAGUUCAUAAUGAAGUUCUCCAUCGCCGCCAUCGCCGCCGCCGUCUCUUUCGGCCUCGUCUCCGCCGCUCCUGCCGCUGUUGAAAAGAGGCAGAGCGCCGUGACCGAUGUCACCGUCUUGCAAUACGCCUUGACCCUCGAACACCUCGAAGCCGCCUUUUACGCUCAAUACCUCGACCAGUUCUCUAACCAGGACUUUAUCAACGCCGGGUUCCCCAACUGGGCUAGGGGCAGGAUCAACCAGAUCGCCGCUCACGAGAAGCAGCACGUCGAGUUGUUGGCUGGGGCUUUGGGCGAUGCUGCUACCAAGCCUUGCACUUACAAGUUCCCCGUCACCGACGCCAAGUCGUUCGUCGCCGUCGCCUCGGUCCUCGAGUCGGUCGGUGUCUCGGCCUACUUGGGAGCCGCUUCGUCGAUCAAGACCCCGGCUUAUGUUACCGUUGCCGGCUCGAUCUUGACCACCGAGGCCCGACACCAAGCCUGGAUCUCCUCGGCCGGUCUUCAGGGCAACCCCUGGUCCGUCCCCGAGGACACUCCCGUCUCGUUCUCCCCCAUCUACACCGCCGCCCUCCAAUUCAUCGAGAGCUGCCCGGAGACCAACCCUACCUUGCCCUUCACCCAAUUCGCCGCGCUCACUUACAACGCCGCGGACGGAUCGGUUAGCUACCCGGGUAUGAAGGACGGAGACUUUAUCGCCGUCUACCAAGGUCUGAGCGUGGGUACUUACCCUGUCAAGAACGGCAAGGUCGACCUCCCCGUCGUCUUCGGGUUCGCCUACUUGACUGCUACCACCGAGGGCGUUGCUACCAAGGUCGGGGAUGACAACAUCGUCGCUGGACCUUUCAUCAUCAACAACGUCUUCAACUCGAAGAUCGAGGCUCCCCCUGCUCCUCAGUUCAGCUCGGCCGCCUAGAUUGCCUGCUCGCUUGCAACGCAUCGUGGAUCGGUUGUGGAACUUUUAAAUGGACAUAGUUGUCAUUUUUCUCACUACGGACGUUCGAUAAUAACAAACACACAACACGAUUACUAUUUUCAUGACGACUUUUCAUCUCAUUUCCUUUUGAACCUGAACCUGUACGAACCUGUAGUCCAAGAAGAUGUAUAUUUCUUACGACCCAGUUUCACAUGUGGGACAACGAGUUCUGGGAUGAGCAUGUCGCGAUUCUUUUCACUUCCGGUUGUGCUGUCAGGCAUUCUCGCGAUACAAGAUUGAGGAGAGGGGAACUUUUGAGUCGACCAGGUCGGGGAUAAUG